AUGUCAACUGGCAAUAUAAAUAUCAGUUCUCGCAGGCUGGAGGAAGCUGUGCACGGAGGAUGGCUAAUGAAAAGAGGUGAACAUAUCAAGAACUGGCGACCGAGAUACUUUUUGCUUUUCAAAGAUGGUGCACUGUUUGGAUUUAAGUCAAAACCAGAUCCAGAUUUACCACUUCCUGAUCCCUUGAAUGAUUUUAUUGUCAAAGAUGUUCAGGAUGCACAGUAUAUAAACAUGGUAGUUAUGGUUGGAAAUUUGUAA